AUGCGGCUCGAUCCGCCCGGAUUCACGGGACCACCCACGUCGAACGACCGGAGCAACGGGAACGACGAUCGUUCCUCCACGAGCUUGCCUUUCGAGCUUCCAUCGACCGGUUGCUUGCCCUGUCGUCGGUUCGCGUCGGUUCGGGACGGCCCCGAUGGCCCUGAUACCGGAAACGCCACUGCCUUUUACGUCACGCACGGUCCCGUUCGCCGUCGCGGUCCAUCUUCCUCGUCCGCGUCGCGCCGCGGCCACGCGCCGACAACACCAUGGAACCUACGGACGGGACGCGUCCACGAUCGACCUCGGAUCCCUGUCGCGAGCGACCCGAUCGCCGCUUACACUGCCUACAACGACACCGCCGGCUCGUCACGCGGCAACCCUCGAGACGAUCGCGACGCGUACCAAACGCGACGACGCGCCGGGACCGCCGCGCGAGUCGACCACACUGCCCGGUUCCAGGAGCCGAUCGCCAACGGGAGACCAACCAGGCUGUCCAAUUCGCGCGCGACCAAGUACGGAUUGUUGUUCGUGUUGUAUCUGCUUGCUUGGCCGUUGGUGUCCUCGACGAGUCCCGAGGGACUCGGUCACGGUACGUCCCUCGGCGGCCACGACGCGGGUAUUCGCCAUCGACGUAGCGACCCGCAGCACGCCACCUCGUCGAUGUCGGUGUCGAGCGACGAGCGUUGCCGUCGCGCGCGUCACGAGCAAACGCGGCAAGAUCGGAGAGAGGAGGCGGAUGACGAGGGAUCGUUUCGGGACGAGCACGAGCCGACGCAUCCUUACAACGAAUACAGCUGGGAGGUGAACCAAGUGAAUCCUUGGCUAUCGGCCUGCGACCUGGCGGGACCAGCGCCGGCCGAUCUUCAGGGUAGCUGCGGACCACCGGAGGUGCCCAAGAACUGCCCGAACGCCUGCACGAUCGACGACGGGGACGCGGACGCGGACACGAACGAGUUCCGGCGUGUGAUCGAGAAGGUCGAGGUCACAGAGAGGAUGAGGGAAAGCUGGUCGAUCGACGAGGACCGUACCGGGUCGAACGGCGGUGGUACGAAGAACGGAAACGGUCGCGGGAGACCCGAUGGCGUACGGACGGCUCCGGAACAGUGCCUUUUUUAUCUCGAGGAGUCGCAUAAGAGGGACAUCUGUCGGGAUGAUUUUGGCCGGAGCAGUACGCGAAGUUUUUUAACCCCGAGGGAGAAUCGAUAUUGGUUCACGAGCGGGUUGCGUCUGCGGCACUGCUGCGAGCACGCGGUGGUCAACGCCCUGGCACCCGGCAAGGGCGGUCCGCUCGAGAACGUGCUAAAUGGUGGCCAGAAGUGCGCCGAUGCCCUGGACAAGCUGUUGCUCGUCGAUGCGUUAGCCGCGAGAUUACAUUGUGAGUUCGAGGAAGUGCUGGCGCGAUACGACUGCGCUCAGCCCUAUUCGGUCAUCUUCAACUGCACCCAUUGCAAGGAGGCGUAUAGAAAAUGGGUGUGCAGUUCCCUGGUGCCUUACUUUGCUCACGGGGGACCGCAGGACUUGGACACAUUGGAGAACAGCUGGGCCGGAAGCAGGCUUAGGCCCUGUCGGUCCUUCUGCCAAUCCGUGGAGCAACGUUGUCCUUACUUGCUUCCGGGCGACCGUGCCCCUGCGUACCCCACGCAAUACGCCGGUGAACCCACCUUUCUUUGCAGAGAUCCAAACAUCCCCGAGACCGGGGAGCAAGCCUCGAGGGCGUUGCAUAGCACCGACGAGGACGAGUGCUGCUUCCACGUGUGCUCCGAGGAGAAACCAGGAUCAGGCAUUUGCGCGAAUUGCACGGAUCGGGAGCCACGGAAGCGCGGUAGAAGCCACGAUCCACCAACGGCGCCCCACUGCGAGAUUAAUCCUAUUCAACCGGCUUCCACAGGUGUGCAGUACCCAGACUCGACGUCCACGAGCGGCGAGAUCGACGGCGAGGGCGAGGAAGCGGACGGUUCGUCGUUGCCGUUGUUGUCGUCGCUGUGCGGCAGCGACGGUUUGGACACGGUGUCCAUCGUCUCGUCAUCCGGUCGAUCGUCAGCCUCGAUCCUGCCGCAGCUCGUCUGUCUGUGCUCGUUCCUCGGCGGCGUCCUCGGGAACGUCGGCACGGUGGCCGUACUCUGGAUCGCGCGGCUGUUCCAACGGCCGACGGACGCGAAACCGGAAAUCGGCACCGGUAAAACGGAGCAACGGACGACGACGAAGAAGAGGAGGAGGGGGGACCUUGUCGUUGGGUGGUUGCGCCGUUCCGGGGCUCGGUGUUGCGCGGGCGUGCGUCACGGUGCUCGGUGGAUGCUCGGGAAGUGGGUGAUGGUCGAACGCCGUUGCCGGGGCUGGUGGUGCUGGUGCUGGUGGUGGUGGAGGUGGCGACGCCGGAAAUUGCGAGCGCGUCGGGGAUCGCGUCGAUGGCCGGUCGAGGCCGCCGUCGGCUGUCCACGUACGGCGUCGGUACGCUGGAACGUGGACGACGCUCGCGGGUGCUCGUCGACGAAGUGCUGUUGGCGACGAUGGUGGUGGUGGUGUUGGUGGUGGUUGUACCGAUGGCGGUGGCCGCGGCACGUGGUCGAGAACGAUCGAGGGGACGGUGGCGGCCCCGAGGCACGGGGAGAGGCAGCGAGACGACGCACGCCGGCGAGACAACGUCGCCUCGGCUCGUCCUUGAGGAGGGAUCCGCCAUAG